GUUAAAAUUCCACGACUUUUUUGUGGGUUUCGUUAACUUCCACGAAAAAGUUGUAUCUUUCACAAAGACAUUUCUGAAUUCAUUCAAGUUUUGGAAUCAUUACUAUCUUUUGGCCAGGUUGGAUCUGUAGAGUGCCAUUGAGUCCUAUGGGAGCUGUUUAUGAACGUUCAGAUCCGAAAAUGUUUUGACUUUGGAACGCAACCACAAUAUUUUCAUACGACAGAUAAAAGAAUUUUUAUGACAUUUUCAAAUAUCAGAAAUUAUCGUGGUUACUCCAAAUUUUUUGCAUAUUGUGAUUUUAACCUCUAAAAAAUUGUGAAUGGGCCUCUUAGUGGGGCCUUACCCUAAUUACCAUGCAGCCUCCAAGAACACUGGUUUCCUCCCACAUCCCAAAAAUACACAGGUGUGUUAACUGACUCCUGAUAAUAGUAUGUGUGAAGUUAAUAGGACCUUAGAUUGUAAGUUCCACUGGGAAAACAACGAAUAUGAAUGAUGUAUAAUUUCUGUAAAGCACUGUGAAAUAUGUAGGUGUGAUAUAAACAAUAAAUAAUCAGUUACAGGCUCCAAUUAAGCAAAAUAUAAAGAUUAGGCUAAUGUCCCCGAUGCGUUGUGUUUAGUUAAUAAGCAUGGCAUCUUGCAUGUUUUGUGAGCCCUGGUAAAUGGCAGAGCGGAUUUCUUUGCCAGCAGAUAGAGCACCAUUAGACAUUAGCUUUAUAGUUUCAUCUUUAACAUACUAAAAGUUAAUGUAAAGUUGAGCCUCCCCUUUAAUCCAAAAGCACACAUACACACAUCAGUAACAAAAAACUGCAUAUUAUCUUAUGGCAACUAUACACAGACCUUCCAGGUAUGGUCUCUUCCUGAUAGGGUAUAAGGGGCCAUGUACAAUAUGGGCACUUUUCUAUUGUUCCAGUCGAUCGGAACAGCACUUCACUUUCUCAUCUGCUAAUGCGCCAUGCACCCACCUACAUGGUCCAUCGACAGAGCAAAUUGUGAAACAUGCACAGUCCUCAGACCGACUGGUACCAACAGUUCAUGGAUAUUGGUGAAGAUCAAUGGGUAUAGCUAGCAUUAAAAUACUACUGUCUACAAGGCAUGCAUGGGUAGAUACUUCUUUCAAACAAUAUUUUUUAUAUGUAAAAUAAACUUUUUUACAAUAUCUGUGCCACAGAGAUGGGCUUUAUGAAAGCAUUCAUGGUGCUUUAUCUUGCAUACAGGCAUACAGCAAUCAGAUAUUUCUCUAUUCAAACAGUUCAGCUGUGUAACUUCAGGGCGGAGCAAAGCUGCUAACAAAGUUUUCCUCCAGCUCUAGGCAACCAGGUAGCCCUGGAGGCAGCUUAUUUAUUGUCAGAUACAUAAAGAGUCACCAGACAGCUUACAUACCUAUAGACUUAUAGCAAGACAUGUUAAUAUAGUUUUAUUUUAGCUACUUUGCAUUGAUUCCUCACAUCAUUAACCUGAUAAGCAUAUAAACUGAGAAAGGCAACGUUGAUACAUUUCAGAGUUUCAAGACAUACCCUGCUGCAAGUUUUAAGGCAAAUGGGUUCUGGGGCAUCUAGCAGCCAUACAGCUGAGAGACACAAAGCAAAAGAUAAUGAGGAAAAGGCCAUUACACAAAAUGGUUCUGCUUCCACCCUGCCGGCUAACAGUUCAAUUGGAAGGCAGAUGGGACAAUCAAACUUGGAAGAUGAGGAGAUAGCAGAAGACAUUGAGCAGAUGGUGCAACGUUUUAAUAAGUCUCCAGAGACAACAGAGGUCGUUACUGGAAUGCAGAGCACACUGGAUACAGAAGACGUGUCGCUGACCUUUGAGAGCUUUCUUCACAGAAAUGGAACACUUUAUACAUGUUUCACUCAAAAUGGCACAAGAAUGUAUUUUGAUGAUGAAAAGGGUAUUGUGCCAUUUCCUCAAGAACUUUACAGCGAGGGGAACUUUAUUAACACACAAAACAAGACACCUAAAAAAUCUGAUGGCAUCAAGCAAGAUAUUAAUGGCAUCCCAAGCUAUUUGGAAAAUGAGCGUACAAGUUCUUUCUACAUACCUGGAAAGGGAAUGGUUAUGACAUAUAUUUUUGAGGAAAGAACCAAUGUUUGCAGGUAUUUUGACAGUGAAUCAGGGGCUUGGCUUAUUUUGCCAUUAUUGUGGGAGAUGAACCAAGAUUUUACCACACGUCGCGUGCAGCAAGUGAAGGAAGCUUUACCUGCACUAACAGAUUACAGAGAGAUUAUGGCAGCUCUACGGCUCUGUAAUUAUGAUCCCGAUGAAGUCAUUUCUGUAUUUUAUGCUAUAUUUGGUGAUAGCCUUGAGAAUUCCACAUCAGAACAUCAAAAUUUUGAGCAAAUGUUUUUGCAUCGGGAUAUACAAGAAAAUAAGAAAAUCAUUGAAAAUUUAAAUAAAAAGCUGCAGAGUCAGGACAGAGAACUGGUCAAUCUUCAGUUAAAAUGCCAGUACCUAGAAGAAGAAAAGGGUAAGCUAAUCGAUCGCGCUGAGAACAUGUCUAAAAAACUGGCAGAGCUGCAAGCAGAACAUGAAAUACAUCAGCAAGAAGCAGCCCGAGCAGGAAAGUCACAGACUCAGUCUGAGAGCAAGGAAAAGGCAGUUUUACCUUUGAAAAAGGAAGCAUUAUUAAACAUUUUGCAAGAAUCUCGUGAACUUAAUGUCUGUAAUAACCAGUUAAGAGUUGUUACUAAAAAUGCCUUGUCUGAGAUUGGACUACAACUAAGGCACCUUCAGAACACAACAGAGAACAUGAACAGGUCAAACAAAGAAGUUGAGGAAAUACGUGCUCUCUAUCAACGGGAAUGUCUAGAGCGAAAGAUGCUGUAUAACCAACUUCAAGAACUUCGAGGAAAUAUUCGUGUUUUUUGUCGUUGUAGAAGAGAUGACAAUAAGGGUGAUCAUCUAGAAUUCCUUUCUGGUGAAGACAUUCUAAUUAAUAAUAAUGGAAACAAGAAAAAGUUUAGGUUUGACCAGGUGUUCUUGCCACAGUGCUCUCAAGAAGAUGUCUUUGAAGGGACACUACCAAUUAUCAAGUCUUGUGUAGAUGGCUACAAUGUUUGCAUUUUGGCCUAUGGGCAGACAGGUUCUGGUAAGACAUACACCAUGAUGGGUCCAGAGCAGAAACCUGGAGUUAAUAUCAGAUCUGUCAAAGAACUGAUACGAAUUUGUCAGGAACGGGAGAAUAUUCGCUAUACCACUAAGAUUUCAAUGCUGGAGAUUUACAAUGAAACUCUUCGGGAUCUUCUUGUACAAAAUGGCAACACUCAACUGGAGAUUAGAUCGCAAGGAAAAAUGGUAACAGUUCCGGGCUUGAAAGAAAUUGAGGUCCAAACAGAAGAAGACAUCAGAAAAACCAUAUCUCUUGGUGAGAAAAAUAGAACAGUGGCAUCAACUAAAAUGAACACAGAAAGCUCCCGCUCCCAUCUGAUGGUUAUCUUGCACAUAAAUGGUGUGGACAGCAUCUCUGGGGUUGUGUCUACUGCAACACUGACACUUUGUGACCUAGCUGGAUCAGAACGCAUAUCUAAAACUGAAGCUACAGGACAGAGGUUGAUGGAGGCAGCAGCAAUCAAUAAAUCUUUGACUGCACUGGGACAGGUCUUUACAGCACUAAAGAACAACUCGUUGCACGUACCCUACCGAAACUCUAAACUUACACAUCUACUUCAGCCGUCACUUAGUGGUCAAGCUAAGGCGUGUGUAUUUGUGAAUAUUAGUCCCGACAUAAAAGAUAUUGGAGAAACAAUAAGCACCCUUCAGUUUGGCUCAUCCAUUCAGCAAAUAGCACUUGGCAAGCCUACACAACACACAACCAAUGUUACACAUGGACCAUGACUGCAAGAUGGAAAAAGUUAAAGUAAAAAUAUCAGCAACAAUACUGUCUAUUUAAUUUUAGUCAUAUCAGAUUAUUGUAUGUAUAUUUAUGCUUUAAGCAACUCAAGCUGUAAAACUUAUAUAAUAUAUUAGUGUUGGCAUUGGUAGGGCACUUACUAUCAAAGGACAAAUUUGUCCUAGUGCAGUAACCCAAAGAAAUGAAGAUUUCAAUACUGUACAUGCAGUAAACUGAAGAGAAAUUACAGAUUGAUGGUUGCUACACAGUGUUCGUAAUCACAGUGCCCCUAGAGUUGGAUGUUAAUUUGCUCAUAUUAACAUACACAAAACAGUACUGCUAAUUUUACAUAAAUUCCAGGUGAAAGCCUACUGCUUCAGAAGUACAGUCACGUAUUAAUGCCUGAGUAGUAUACAGAGAACUACUGUUUUUUAUAUGUUUUAUCAAUAGGUGUACGGAAAGAAUCCAUUAUCUGGAAACCUGUUAUCCAAAAAAGCUUCGAAUUACAGGGAGGCCAUCUCGCAUAGACUCCAUUUUAAUCAAAUAAUUCAAAUUUGUAAAAAUUAUUUCUUUUUUCUCUGUAAUAAUAAAACAAUGUACUUAAUCCCAACUAAGAUAUGAAUUAAUCCUUUCUGGAGGCAAAACUUUCCUAUUGGGUUUAUUUAAUGCUUAACUGAUUUUCUUUAGACUUAAGAUAUGGAGAUCCAAAUUACAGAAAGAUCCCAUGUCCAGAAAACUCCAGGCCCUGAGCAUUCUGGAUAACAGGUCCCAAACCUGUAUAGAAUAAUAUAGCACGUGGAAACAUGCAUAUUUCUUUGUACCAGAACAAAUAGUGGGGGGAAACCAUUGUUCUGCAAAGUAAAAAUUACAAAGAUAAAAAAAAGACUUCAGAGAAUUAUAUUAGUAUAUUUAGCGUCUUUGGGUUUGAGCAUACAAUAGCUGAUUUAAUACACUGGUCUGUUUUAGAGCUUCAAGACUGGAAAGAUCCUCUCCAAUAACAGGAAUGUUGUCAUGCUGCUGCUGCUCCUCUGCUAUGUCUCCUUCACUGUCAGACAAGGUGCACAGGAGAGAAUCAUUUUCAUAUGUGGGGAAGUAGUACCUGCAAAUUAGAGACAAUUAUAUAACAGUUACAAUCAGUGGAACUAAAUAACAAUCACAAUAUCUUUAAUCUUUCAAUCAAGAUACAAUUGACAUGUAAAAUACAUGCAAAUAUUUAUUCAUUUUCCAUAUUUCAAUGAAAUGCACAUUAAUAAAACAAAUGCUGGGGGUAAACAAUACACACGCAAAUAGGAAAUAAAUGGCACCCAUAUGUGUGCAAUUCACAUUGCUUUUGCAAAGUGCAAAGCACAGGGCUCAACACAUGCCUUGAACGGGUGGUAAAAACAGGGCUCCCAUGUGUAGGAUGGCAAACUUUUAGGGACAGCAUGUUGUCUGUGGACCUCAUAUAAAACAGAGACUAGGCUCCCCAUCCUAAGGAUAUACCUUGUAUAAAAGAAGCCCUGCUAAUAGUUGUGACCAUAAAAACACACAGCGCAAUGGUGUAGUAGUCUCCUUGUGUCUGGAAGAUACCCAGUACUGCAGGCAAAAAGAAGAAAAAUCUGCCCUAGGAACAGUUGGGUUUAGAGAUUUAAAAAAGUAGAAACUGAAUUGGUAAAUAUUAAUGUAAGAACCAAAAGAGGCAUUAAACAGAUGGAAACCAGCGGGUGUUGGAAGAGUGGAUAGCGGCCAAGAUAAAUCAGAAGGAGUUGUGAUACAAGGGCAGCAAUACUAUGAAAUAAGAAGAUUAUAAGCAUCAUGAAACAUUAUUAAGAUCAAGGAUGACAGACUGUAGGUGGAAAACAAAUAGGAAUUGGUAAUGAAACCUCAACAGAGUAGUAAAAUAUCAUGUUAUACAUUGUCAGUCUUUUCUAUGAACUAGGUUUCAUAAGCAUCAUAAAAUAUUGUUAGGCAGUGUUAAAAAGGAUGAUAGACUGUAAGUGGCAAAAGAAUGGAUAAUAAAACCUCAGUGAAAGAUUACAGCUUGGCAGAGGGUCACCUCCUUUCUUUGUCAGGAUACAGAACAGAAAGCCCAAAAACAUUGUUUCAAUGUAUGCUUCUUGUUUUACUAUGUACAUCGAUCUAAAUGUGCAUGCUGCUUAGACUGAUGAGGGAGACACAUGCCAAAAACAAAGUAAAGAAGGCAGUAAUAAAAGUAUAAAAAUGUAGUUCUAAGUAGGCCAGAUUGCAGAGUCUCAUUAAACAGAGUUGAAUAAUAUAUGUAAAAGCCCCAAAAUUGAAAUCAAACACUGUUCUGACUUGUACAUGAAAUAAAUUUGAAAAUGUA